AGGUGAGUUAGUUGUGCUCGCCAUGUCUGGACGUGGAAAGCAGGGAGGCAAGGCUCGCGCUAAGGCCAAGACCCGCUCCUCUAGGGCCGGGCUUCAGUUCCCCGUGGGCCGAGUGCACCGCCUGCUCCGCAAGGGCAAUUAUGCCGAGAGGGUUGGGGCCGGCGCGCCGGUGUAUCUGGCAGCGGUGCUGGAGUACCUGACCGCCGAGAUCCUGGAACUGGCGGGCAAUGCGGCCCGCGACAACAAAAAGACCCGCAUCAUCCCGCGUCACCUCCAACUGGCCAUCCGCAACGACGAGGAACUCAACAAGCUGCUGGGCAAAGUCACCAUCGCACAGGGCGGUGUCUUGCCCAACAUCCAGGCAGUGCUGCUGCCCAAAAAAACUGAGAGCCACCACAAGGCGAAGGGCAAGUAACUACCUGGACUAGUUUGUGGCAACUGGAGUAAAACGAGUCCAAACCAACGGCUCUUUUAAGGGCCACCCACGUCUUCUCCAAAAGAACUUAACAUUUCUUCCAUGGGAAAGAAAAUGAGACAUGGGGAAAACUUAAGUCAUAAGUUACCCAUCCUUAUACCUUUUGAAGACGGUGUGUAGCGAACACUGCAGAUUUAAAAGA